AAAGGCUUGACGCCGAUGAGCUCUACGACAAGCCUGUCAAAAGGCUUGAUGCGGAUGAGCUGUAUGACAAGCCGGUGAAGAGGCUUGACGCCGAUGAGCUCUAUGACAAGCCGGUUAAACGGGCACUGAAGGUUUGAUCGGGGGUCAUAUUGAUGCUGAGGCACUUCUCCGCAUCAUGUUUCAGUUCUUGCAAUGUCCUUUCGUAAACAGAGAAUAGUCAGAAAGGCAGAGGAUUCAGUAAAGUCAACGUGCUUCGGUCGCAUGACGAAUGGGCCUUUUUCCAUACCUAAUAAAUGAAGGAGAUUCUCUCGUUCAGAUUUUCCCAUGCCUCGACAUGCCUUGAAGUAAACCGUAGCUGUUCAAGUAAGAGACAAAUGUAUUUUUUUAUUUUUUCUUUUUGCAAUUCUCAGCCUCGUCCGAGUAACGAAGCAUAAGGAGGAAAGAAAGGAUGGUUGUGGUACCGGCAGGGAUUAAAUUCGUCACCGCAUCAAGUCUGCCAUCGCUUUGUUUCUCCCCCUUCCCCCAGUGCAACCUCUUAAUCUCAAUACCCAUCCGUCCUGGCCAGCCAGUCCAUGACCCCUCCUUCCGCCUCUUGAUCCGAAUUUCAAAUGGCUACCUCUCCGGAGUUCCUCGUACGAGAUGCCGGGACCGUGGACGGCGACGACCAGUUCGUGGUCGCAGCCUUCGACGCAGCCAUCCCGUAUUUAACCUCGAUCGGAAGUCAUGAGCAGUGGGGGACGACACCCUUUUCGCACCGCGAAGGCUGGGUGGACGAAACUGUACAGCAGAUCAAAGAUUCCAAGAGUUCUACCCCCCAGAGCGACGCAAACAAGAACGGCGUGUUACGGAUCUUCAUCGUCGAGAAAGAGUGCCACGCAGACGAUCCAGAGAGUGUCGAUACUCACCCGGCGCAUUAUCGAGUCUCGUCCGACCGUCGAAGAUACCUCUCCGUUGGCUUUGCGUUCGUGCGGGAAAACUGGAUCCCGGGCUAUAUUGAGUCGCAGAAACAUCUCCAGGUACCGGACUCAGAACGGGAGAGCAACAUUUAUCUCGAAGUGAUGGUUACGGAUUCUCGGGUCGGUUCGUUGCGCCGUGGAGCGGGAAGUGCUUUGAUCCGGGGGAUUCGCGACUAUGGGCACAAGACACAGAAGAAGGCUUUCUGGCUGGAUGGAUGGGCGGGGAAUGAUAAGAAGCUCAUUCGGUACUAUGAGCAACAAGGCUUCCAGGUGGUCGGGGACUUUAGUCUGCCAAGAGCCAAUACGGCGCCAUGGGUAGGAACGCUGAUGCGGAUGGAUAUUUGAACCGAUUUUAUGUAUUCAGCUCUGUAUCAUCUCGGAGAAAUUAAAU